AUGGGACUCUUCAACAACCUGGUCAUCUGGUUCUACGAAGUCAUUCAGUUCUUCAUUGCGCAGGUGUUUGCCCCGAAUCCCCGCCAACCACGGCAAAAGGUUUUUGGACCUCGCAUAGCAAUCAUCGCGGCCGGUAUAACGGGGGUAUCGUCUGCUGCUCACUGCGUCGGUCAUGGCUUCGAUGUGACUUUGUUUGAGGCUAAGGGCCGUGAGCACUUGGGCGGAAUCUGGAGCCAAGUGAACAACACGUCCAGUCUCCAGAUCCACAGCGUUAUGUAUCGAUUCCAUCCGUCUGUCCGGUUCAAACAAAACUAUCCUGAUCGGCAGGGGAUCCUCAGGGAAGUCACGCAUCUGUGGGAGCGCUAUGGGCUCCAGAGUAGGACCGAAUUCAAUGUGUGUGUAGAGUCCGUCUGGCGUGAUAAGGAAAGCGGGAAAUGGUAUGUCCAGCACCAGUCCUAUGGACAGUUUGAUGGUGUAAUCUCUGCCGUUGGCACCUGUGGUGAUCCCAAGAUGCCCCACAUCCCCGGUCAGGAAAACUCUCAAGGUCAGAUUUACCAUUCGUCCAACCUGACCGGCAAGGACGUCAAGGGCAAACGAUUGCUCGUGGUUGGCGGCGGAGCCAGUGCAAUCGAGGCAGUCGAAUUUGCAGUCUCGAAACAGGCAGCAAAGACAAGUAUCCUUGCCCGCACAAACAAAUGGAUCAUCCCUCGCAAUCCCUUCAUAGACGGCUUGCUAGCGUUGAAUAUCUUUGGAGAGGAGACCAGCCUUGGCUGGGUGCCUGAGUGGCUUCUAAAAAAAUUCUUCUAUCGGGAUCUCAGUGAUUUAGCCCCAGCCAAGGCCGGUUUGUACACUGAGACGCCCAUGGUAAACAAUGAUAUUCUCGAGCAAGUCCGCUCGGGUCGGAUUGCCUGGCUGCGCGGCGACAUCAAGGAGUUCCAGGAGAAGGGCGUUCUGUUCAACCACCGCGAGAAGGUUGGAAAUAUUCACAUCGGUCUCUACACACGCUUGCUGCUCAUGUUCAUUGUCGACCCUAGCACCAGACCCUCACUGGCCUGGAUGCAUGCGUGGGUUGACUGGACGCGAGCGUGGAAACAGGGUUCUCCUGGAGGCGCUCUUGAGUUCUUUACAUACAGUGAGCUUGUUGGGUGGAUAGUCCUAAGUCUCGCGUCUAAUCCUUUCCGCUGGAAGUGGAUACUCUUUGUGCUGGGUGGCUGGGGCAAUCCUCUGCCGCCAUCGAUGAUGCAUCAAGAAGGUAGCCCUCAACAGAGGUCAACAACUGCAGAUGGUGCUGCUGAGAAACCUAAAGCAGCAAACCGCAAGAGCCACAAGCCAAAGAAUAAGACAGAGACGGAUGGCACAGCAUCCGACGGGCAGAAAGCUCAGAAUGGCAUGGGUGAUGCUGGUCAUAAAAUGAAUUCUGGACUGACAGGUGAGAAUGAAGACAAGCCAGCAUCUGGUCCUGCGAAAAGUGGUGUUUACAGUGAAGCAGUGCCAGCCUUUGUCACUUGA